ACUGCAUUGCCAUCUUCAUCAGGAGUAGUAGUGCAAAUGGCUCCAAUGCAAGAGCUAGCUACAAGCUCCAUUAGUCCCUUGUUUUUGUCCCUCCUUCUCUCUCUCUCCAUGGUACUUCUUUUUCUUAAACUCAUCAUAGGAAGACGAAGCAAACUCAACUUCCCUCCUUCCCCACCAAAGUUGCCUCUCAUUGGCAACCUACACCAGUUUACCAGCCUUCCUCACCGCUCUUUCCAAGCCCUCUCCAAGAAAUAUGGCCAUCUCAUGCUUUUACAGUUGGGAAAGUACCCAACCCUUGUGGUGUCUUCGGCCGAUAUGGUUAGAGAAAUCACAAGGAACCAUGAUAUUGCUUUCUCAAACAGACCUAGGACAACGGCCGCAGAGACCUUGCUUUAUGGAUGCCAAAAUCUUGUUUUUUCACCCUUCGGUAAAUACUUGAGGAAAAUCAAGAAGAUAUGCACUGUUGAACUCUUGAGCCAUAAGAAGGAGCAAUCCUUCAUGUUCAUAAGAGAAGAAGAGGUUGGCUUAAUGAUAGAUAAAGCACACAGCGCAUCUCUUAAAGGGGACUCGAUUAAUUUGAGUGAGAUGUUGAUGAUUGUUGCAAAUAAUGUAAUUUCGCGGUGUGUGAUGAGCCAGAAGGUUGAAGAAGAAAAUGGUCGAAGCAGGUUUGGAGAGUUGUUUAGGAGGGUGAUGAUAUUUGUUUUUGCAACUUAUAGUAUCGGGGAUAUUUAUCCUCACUUGUGGUGGCUGGAUGUGGUUACGGGCUAUAUCAAAAGUUUGAAAGCAUUUUCUGGGGAUAUGGAUGGUUUUCUUGAUCAAGUCAUCCAAGAACGGGGGAUUGGGUUGAACAUGAAGAACCAUGGCAAGGAAGACUUUUUGGAUAUUCUACUCCAACUUCAAAAGAAUGGCAUGCUUGAGGUAGAGCUAACUCAAAACAGCAUUAAAGCAAUCAUAUUGGACAUGUUUGUUGGAGGGACGGAUACUACAGCUGUAACCACGGAAUGGGCAAUGACUGAACUUAUAAGGAAUCCAAAGGUGAUGGAGAAGGUCCAAGCAGAGGUAAGAAGUGUAGUGGGGAAGAAAUCGAAGGUAGAUGGAGACGAUAUAAAGCAGAUGGAUUACUUAAAAUGUGUCAUCAAAGAAACUUUGCGAUUAUAUCCACCUGGUCCUUUGUUGGUCCCACGAGAGACGGCUGCAAGUGUCAAACUGGGAGGGUAUGAUAUUCCCUCCAACUGUAGAGUUUUCAUCAAUGCAUGGGCAAUCCAGAGGGAUCCUGAGUUAUGGGAUAGGCCGGAUGAGUUCAUCCCAGAAAGGUUCAUGGACAACUCAAUUGAUUACAGACGCCAUGAUUUCCAGUACAUACCAUUUGGUUUUGGAAGAAGGGUUUGUCCAGGGCUGUCGUUUGCGGUUAUGUCAGCUGAGUAUUUGAUCGCCAACCUUCUAUAUUGGUUUGACUGGAAAUUGCCAUACGGUACAGUUGCAGACAACCUAGACAUGGAUGAAGUUUAUGGGUUAACUCUUAGCAAGAAAGUCCCUCUCCAUCUCAUACCAAUUAAUGUCACCUAGGUUUGCUAGUUCUAGGUUGGCGAUGCCUAACCAAUUCCGUGUCCGAUUUAAAUCAUUAAAUAAUCAUUAAUAAACCUUUGCCUUGUUA